AUGUCCACGGCGCUGCGCCAACAACUGGCCACAAUGCUUACGGAGCAGAAGUUUGCAGGUUCGAAUCCUGCCGUCGUCGAAAUCCGUUUUGCAUGCCGUCGUACCGAUUUGAAGCCGCCCGAGGUCCCGCAACAAUCGCCAGUGUGCCGCUGAAUAAUGUGUUUCAAGCGGCCGUAUCCAUGCCGGGCGCAGGUGUUUUGAUUGCAUUUCUCAUCGGAUACACAAUCAACACGCCUUUGAUGUACAAUUACGAUUGGGGAUGUCGAGUACGUAUCAUGUGGACAGAGACUUUUGCUAUUUUCGGCAAUUUUUAGAAAGUUUACCUUCCUUCCGUCUCUCGCGUUUUGAACCUUCCACUAGAACGGAUCGCCUGGAAUCUGCUCUCACUAGCCAGUGUACCCCUCCAGUUGUUCGUAGUGAUUCGACAAUGUAAUCAAGAUUCAACAAUUUUGAUUUCUAAUUUACUUUUUUUCCGUUUCAGUCAUCCUAACCUAUUCGACUUCCCAUAAACGACAGUUCCUUCGCAUUGUCCUCGUGAUCAGUUCUGCUUUUCAGUCUUUGUUCCUUACACUGCUGGCGACUGUCGGAGAACGAGAAGAUGGAAGUUGGUGGCAUCAAACUAUCAUUUUUCUAAUCUGACAAUCUUCCAGAUUUCCACGUGGCUUUCUUCUCUGGAUUCUCCGUCUCCACCAUCAUCAACUAUUCAGUCUUUUCCAUACUGAUGAGGUGCACUGCCGUAGAGGAUUCGAAGCAUGCACAUCGUCGGAUCAAAGUGCUUCUCGGACUCAUGGUCACUCUUCCCGUCAUCUUCCUUACUUUCAUUCUCCACAACGUCUUCUGUGUCGCCGGGGGUAACUGUCAAAAAUUAUUAUCUUUAUUUUUUGCCCAUUUUCAGCCUACGAAGCAUUUGCCAUUUUCGAGUAUCUCACCAUCAUUCUCAUCUACUCCUUCCACGUGUCCAACUCGUACCUAUUCUCGGACCCCGCGCACAAGAUCCUCAUCUGUCAUCGCAACGGAGUCAUGUCGCCAGUCAGACUUUGA